AUGACGGAACUGUGCAACAGCCAACAAUUUGUUUGUUCUCGCCAAAAGGAGAUGAUAAUUAAUGCCUACAAAAGUAAAUUGGAAGCUAAUCCCAAGCUUGCUAUAAGAGAGGCUCGUGUAAUUCUUUCCAAAGAAUUAGGCAUUGGUAUAACCACAAUAUCCAACACGCUUUCCGAGUAUCGCAACUUUAAAACAGUAUCAUCACCGAAUAGGACGAAAAUUUUCAAAAAUAUCAAUGUUAAGGUUGAUGAUUUUGACGAAGAAAAUGUUGUAAAUGAAGAUGACACUUUACCGGACUUCGCAUUGACAACACUAUGGCGUCUUUUGAAAUCAAUGGGUUUUCAAUUUUCAAAAAGAGGACGCAACAGUGCAUUAAUUGAAAAUGAUGACAUUCGGGCAUGGCGUAGACGGUAUAUCAGAGAUAUAAGGAAAUAUCGAGAGGAAGGCCGACCGAUUUAUUACCUGGAUGAAACGUGGGGUCUUUCUACCGGAGCAGUUAACCCCACCGGAAAGGGAAAACGGCUCAUAGUGUGUCACAUCGGCUCUGAAGAUGGAUUUGUUUCGGAUUCGUUAUUAUGCUUUGAGUCGAAGAAAAACACCAACGAUUAUCAUGAUGAAAUGAAUGGUGAUAGUUUCCGUGAUUGGUUGGAAGGUGUUUUACCGAGGCUCAAAGAUAAUGCGGUCAUAGUUAUGGACAACGCGCCAUACCACUCGGUGAAGUUGGAGAAAUGCCCGACUUCAAACUGGAGGAAGGCUGAUAUCAUCCAAUGGCUACAGGGUAAAGGAGAAGUUGUUGACCAAACUAUGAUAAUACCGGAACUACUGGAAGUUGUUAGAAGGAUAAAACCGAUCUACAACAAGUACGUCAUCGACGAGAUGGUUUUACAACAGAACAAAACAGUGUUAAGGUUACCACCUUAUCAUUGCGAGCUCAAUUCAAUUGAGUUAGUUUGGUCUGUUGUAAAACGUCACGUAAAAGCCAACAACAAGACAUUUAAAUUACCUGAUGUCAAAAACCUCUUGGUCGAAGGAAUAGCCAAAGUGGACGCUGAAAUGUGGAAGAACUUCGUAAAGCACACAAUUGAAGAGGAAAAUAAGUUUUGGACCUUAGAUGACACGGUGGACGAAUUGUCGGCUGAACAAAACAGAUUGGUUAUGACCAUAGGAAAUAGUGACACUGAAGAAGAUGACGAUUUCGAUCUUUUAUCAGAUUAA